CUGAGUGGGCAGGAAAACACGCACACGCUCGGAACAGCGCUCCACGCGCACAUGAACGCUGCGAGUGUCCGCGGGUGAAGGAGGAGAAGCUGCUCCUGGUCUCCUGGUCUCCUGGACUCCUGGACUCCUCUACGGGACAACUUAGACAAGACGAGACAAGAGGAGCAGGACGCUCCUGGCUGGACUCUCCUCCUCCUCCUCCUGUUUCUCCUCCUGUUUCUCCUGUUUCUCCUCCUCCUCCGGAUGGAAUGAUCUGUGUGUGGAUUAGCGCUGCUCCCCUCAGACUCCGGGCGGUGUAGCCUCCUCUCCUCUCCUCCUGCGCUCCUCCUCUGCUCCUCCUGACUCCUGUUAUGAGCGCAGCGUUCAGUCCGUCCUUCAUGGUGAUGCAGCGGCCACUCGGAAGCACCACCGCCUUCAGCAUCGACUCUCUGAUCGGGGGGCCCCCGCAGCCCAGCCCGGGACACUUCGUGUACACGGGCUACCCCAUGUUCAUGCCCUACCGCUCCGUGGUGCUGCAGCCGCCGCCUCCUCCUCCUCCGCCGCCUCCUCCGCCUCCCUCGGCCCUGCAGCAGCCGCUCCCCGCCGCGGGUCACCACCCGAGCCUCCAGGGCGGCUUCUGCGCGUCCAGCCUGGCGCAGGGCCUGACGCACGGCAUGGCGCUCACCUCCACCAUCAUGGCGUCGCUGCCCGGAGGCUUCUCCCCGUCCCAGCAGCACCAGGAGGCGGCCAGGAAGUUCAGCUCGCAGGCCCUGCACGCGGUCUUCGACAAGGCGCAGGAGCUGCGGCUGGAGGCGGAGGACGGCGGCAAGAGCUUCCACGACGCGGACACGGCGGCGCACGCGGCCACAGGCAGAGGACACACUAAGGAGGACUCGAAGGAGGACGAGGGGCGGAAGGACGAGACUUUCUCCAUGGACAGUGACCUGGACUACAGCUCCGACGACAACCUCUCCUCCAUGUGCCACAAGGAGGACGGAGACGGAGGAGGAGGAGGAGGUCUGGACCACGGCUCCGGAGGAGGAGGCGGCGGCGGAGGCUCGGGUCCGGGCAGCGGAGGAGGAGGAGGAGGAGGAGGAGGCGGAGGAGGGAAGAACCGGCGGAGGAGGACGGCGUUCACCAGCGAGCAGCUGCUGGAGCUGGAGAAGGAGUUCCACUGUAAGAAGUACCUGUCCCUCACCGAGCGCUCCCAGAUCGCGCAUGCGCUGAAGCUGAGCGAGGUGCAGGUGAAGAUCUGGUUCCAGAACCGACGCGCGAAGUGGAAACGGGUCAAAGCCGGAAACGUCAACAACAAGUCCGGGGAACCGUCCCGGAACCCCAAGAUAGUGGUGCCCAUCCCGGUGCACGUCAGCCGCUUCGCAAUAAGGAGUCAGCACCAGCAGCUGGAGCAGGCCAGGCCCUAGGAGCGCGCACCUCCUCCUCCUGCUGCUGCACCUCCUCCUGCUGCUGCACCUCCUCCUGCUCCUCCGCCUCCGGUAAAAAUAAAUCUGCGUCCUUAGAUUCUACGAGAAUCUGAAGUUGGUUCUUUUUAAAAGGCCUCCUCCUCUCAGCGCUGACACCCAGGAGGAGCAGGAGGAGGAGGAGGAGGAGACACCACCGAGUUCAUCACCUCCUUCUUCUUCUUCUGUAAAAAAUUAAUCUGACCCGAAUUAAAACUGUAUGUUCAGAUUCAGCGGAAGAUUGAAGGAGAAUCUGAAGUUUGUUCUUUUUAAAAGGCCUCGUCCUCCUCCUCUGACACGCAGGAGCAGGAGGAGCAGGAGGAGCAGGAGGAGUAAGGAGGCUCUUCCUCACGUGUACAUACAGAUCGGGAGCAGACUGAGGACUCUCAUGUUGAUCUGAUCAGUGUUGUUGCUUCCUGAGCCUCUUCUUCUUCUUCUUCUUUUUGGACUAAAACGCUGCUAAUUUAUUUAUAGAAAAAAAAAUAAAUGUAACUGAAAAAUAUUCACGUGUGAAUUAAACCAUGAAGCAGAUGUUAACAGCUGUGUCCACGUUAUUGUUCCUGUGUCCGCGGACUGAGAAAUAAAGGCCGGAAAUAUUCAGCGCCGCGGAAAAACCAGAGCGGCACGAAAAUAAACUAGAAUAAACUUUAUUUCUGCUGUUUCUAAC